AUGGCCUCCGUUACUCCUGCUCCCACCAAGCCGGCAUUCCCGCGACUCUCUUCCAUCCCCUGUGGUGACCAUUACCACUCGCGCGAGUCAUCUCCCUCACCCUGCAGCACUCCCGACGGAUCGAGGUCGAGCAGUCAGCGCCGUCCGUCGUUCGGCUCGGUCAAAGAAGAUACAGAGGACGGAAUCGCGCAAUCCUUUGUGGACACCCACGAAUCCCCAUCGCCCCAAGACCAGCAGGGUGCGCAACGCAAGCUGGAUCUAGUCGCCCAGAUGCAAAAGGCCCCGGACUUCUGCUGCCCCUGUGGCGGAUUUCUGGGAUGGAAGCAGAUCCGACUGGGCGGCAAGAGUUUGAGCCGCAGUUACAGUGAUCUCCGUGGGCUUGGAAUGCAGCACGCAAAGGGCUGGGCAUGGGAAGCCCAGGAACCCGAAGCUAAGGAGCUUCUUCCACCCAAGGCUCCCGAGGUGGAGAUCUUGCAGACCCCUCCCGGUUCCUCGCCUUUGGAGAAGCUCCCGCCAGAGGUUCUUGAUCAAAUCAUCUCAAACCUGGCGCUCGAUCUUCCUCCCAAUGGAUACACUCCUCGAAACGUCGAUCUGGUGUCAUGCCUGCUUACAUCCCACACGUUGCACGCUGCUACUUUGGGUGUCUUGUACAGGAACAUGACCAUCCCGCACUCUAUCAUCUUCCACAAAGCCCUUAACCACAUCUCGCAGUAUCCAGCCCUGGGCACAUUGGUGCGUCGCCUAGACUUCUCGCACUUCACUUCCGUCGGACUGGGUCGCACUAAGCAGAUGAAUGCCGAGAUCCAAAACUUGACCUCUCGGACUCUCCUGCAGUGCUUGGAACUUCUGCCCAACCUCAAGGAAUGCCUGCUGCAGGAACAUUUGGAAGGAGAUAUCAGUGUGGACGUGAUUCGGAAGCUGUUCAUGGGGCUGCCAAACUUGCGUGCUCUGGAUUUCACCGGUUGCUCGACACAGGCAUUCUCUGGGGUCUUCCAAGAGGCGCUGAUCGGGGGACCUGCACUGCCCAUGACCUUGCCCAACCUCAAGCGACUCUCACUCCACGAAUGCAGCACUAUUCCCGCUCCCAUGUUUGACUUCCUUCUCUCGCGCUUGAUCAACCUGACGCAUCUCGACCUUACCCACACUCAAGUCAACGACUCAGCUCUCGCCGCCAUCCCCGAGACCGCCCGCAUCUCGCACCUGAGCUUGUCCCGAUGCACGCGCCUCCGACCAUCCGCCCUGGUCAACUUCCUGACUACUCACGCGUCCGUCAAGGAGUCCCUCGUCUAUUUGAACCUCUUGACGGAUCCGACCCGCUUCCGCCUUCUGGAGGAAGCCGAUGUCUCGGCUUUGUUGCCCAAGCUUCCCAGUACUCUGCGAUCUCUCAACCUGGGCGGAGCAAAGAUCACCUCCGACCAUGUGCCAGACUUGGUACCCCUGACGAAGCACCUCGAAGAGCUGGGUCUCAGCUCCGCUGAUCUCUCCGUCGCAGACGUGAACUCGUUCUUCGGUCGGUACCGCAACCCGGCCACUGGAGUCGAGAUCGAUACCCCCAGCACUCUCUGCUACCUGGACCUUGCCAAGGUGCCGCAGAUGACCAUCGGAGCCAUCUUCAACACCAGCACUUGUCUCCUGCUCUCGACCCAAAGCUACCCCUUGCAGGUCAUCGAGUUCAGCGACAAGAUCAUCACCCCGUUGCGCGAGCGGGCCAAGACCCAGCGCGUCUCCGUUGGCUGGACUGUGCGAGACCUCGGCCGUCGCGGCUGGUACGUUCGUGCCCCAUCUUCCAUGCCCGACGAACCCGCCGACGACGGUGCUCGCUACUGGAAAAUGGGCGCGCGCUGGUGGGGCAUGCGCAAGAUUCCCGUGGCCGUCGGCGAAGUCGGCGGUCUCUACGGCCAUUACAUGUUCAAAAAAUGA